GUUCGUUUCCUCUGAUAGGAAAGGCAAGCCUUUUAGUCUCUCCUUACUGGGUUAAUAGUUAUGCUGCAGAUCCCAUCACUUGGGGCUCUGUUCAAUAGAAUUUGUCUGGAAAACAGACAAAUUCCAAGUUCAUAAACUCCUUUGUUGCUCAUGUCCCGACAUAGCUCUGUGUACCUAAUCCCAUUGAGUCUGCAAAAGCUUCUGGUUGCAAUUUUGUAAGUGAACUCUGGGCGCCGCUGCUGUCCAAUUCGCUGCAAGAGCUGACUCUCAGACUCUACCAGUUGAAAUUAUGAACGUUCACUGAAGGCUUAAAGAGUAAGGGGGCUUGGAUUUUCUGCUAAGCAAGUCGAAUUAGGGACUGUGAUAUCCUCAAACUUGGAGGGAACGUUUGGUUUUUCUUCGUGGUGGAAGUAAUUCGUGAAGUCUCUUCCCUUCACCUGGGAGGCUGUGAGAAGGAUGGAGCCCAGCGUGAAGCUAGGAAGCCGGACCCAGUGGAGGCAAGUACUCUUUCCGUUCUUGCUGCCUUUGUUCUGCGCGGGGCUUUCGGAGCAAGUCCGGUAUUCUAUUCCGGAAGAAAUGGCUAUGGGAUCCGUUGUGGGAAACCUCGCUGAGGACCUGGGGGUGCCUGUUCGGGAUUUACUGACUCGAAACCUCAGAGUCAUAGCAGAGAAACCGUGUCUUACUGUGAACCCCGAGAACGGGAACAUAGUUGUGAGCGACAGAAUCGAUCGAGAGCUGCUGUGCUUCCAAAGCCCACUGUGUGUGCUGCCCUUAGAGAUUGUGGCGGAAAAUCCCCUCAACGUCUUUCACGUCAGCGUGGUGAUAGAAGAUAUAAAUGAUAACCCGCCCCACUUCCUCCAAAAUAGUAUUGUUUUACAAAUCAAUGAAUUUGCAAUCCCAGGCACUAGGUUUGGCCUAGAAUCUGCCAUAGAUGAAGAUGUAGGACCGCACUCUCUGCAGAGUUACCAGCUCAGUUUGAACGAGCAUUUCUCUCUGGUGGUGAAGGACAAGGCUGAAGGCAAGGAUGCCCCAGAAUUAGUGUUAGAGAAGCCACUAGACAGGGAAAAGCAGAGCUCCCAGCUCUUGGUCCUGACAGCAAUGGAUGGGGGAGAACCAGCACUAACUGGCACGGCUCAAAUUCAAAUCGAGGUCACUGAUGCCAACGAUAACCCCCCAGUGUUCAGCCAAAAUAUGUACAAAGCCAGUCUUAGAGAGAACAUGCCCUCAGGCACCUCUGUGCUAAAGGUGAUGGCCACCGACCAGGAUGAGGGUGUCAAUGCAGAGGUCACCUACUCCUUCAAAUCACUAGGAGACGAUAUUAGAUAUAAGUUUAUCCUAGAUCAUCAAAAUGGAGAAAUUAGAUCUGAAGGCCCUAUAGACUUUGAAACCAAGAGGACUUACACCAUGAGUGUAGAGGCCAAGGAUGGUGGAGGCAUGGCCACAGAAUGUAAAGUUAUAAUUGAAAUUCUCGAUGAAAACGACAAUGCCCCGGAAGUGGUUUUUACUUCGGUGUCCAAUUCUAUACCCGAGGACGCUGAACCUGGGACAGUGGUGGCUCUGUUCAAAACAUAUGAUAAAGAUUCGGAAGAAAAUGGAAGAGUGACAUGCUUCGUAAGAGAAAGUGUUCCUUUUAGAAUUGAAUCUUCGGCCAAUAAUUACUAUAAGCUUGUAACAGAUGGGGUCCUGGACCGGGAACAGACUCCAGCGUACAACGUCUCCAUCAUCGCGACUGAUAGAGGCAAGCCACCCCUCUCCUCCAGCACAAGUGUCACCCUGCAAGUUGGGGACAUCAAUGACAAUACUCCAGUUUUCCUCCGGACCUCCUACUUGAUCCAAGUGGCUGAAACACCCCCGCCUGGUGCUUCCAUUGCUCAAGUCAGCGCCUUUGAUCCGGAUUUGGGAUCCAAUGGUCACGUCUCCUACUCCAUCAUAGCCAGCGACCUGGAGCCUCAAUCGCUGUGGUCCUAUGUGACCGUGAACGCUCAGAGCGGAGUGGUGUUCGCUCAGCGCGCCUUCGACCAUGAGCAGCUGCGCUCCUUCCAGCUGACACUGCAGGCGCGCGACCAGGGCUCGCCCCCGCUCAGCGCCAACGUGAGCGUGCACGUGCUGGUGGGCGACCGCAACGACAACGCCCCACGCGUGCUGUACCCCGCGCUCGAGCCCGACGGCUCUGCGCUCUUCGACAUGGUGCCGCGCGCCGCUGAGCCCGGAUACCUGGUCACUAAGGUGGUGGCUGUGGACGCGGACUCGGGACACAAUGCCUGGCUGUCGUACCACGUGCUGCAGGCCAGCGAUCCCGGGCUCUUCAGCCUGGGCCUGCGCACUGGCGAGGUGCGCACAGCGCGUGCCUUGGGCGACCCCGACCCCCAGAGUGAGCUGCAGUUUUACCUGGUGGUGGCCUUGGCUUUGAUCUCAGUGAUCUUUCUUUUCGUUGUGAUUCUAGCCCUCGCCCUUCGCCUUCGACAUUCCCACAGUCCUGCAGUCUCUGGCUGCUUUCAGUCUGGCCUCUGCUGUAAGACUAGACCAGAGGUUUCUCUCAACUACGGCGAGCUCUCAAAAUGGUGAUGAAACCGGCACCUGGCCCAACAACCAGUUUGAUACAGAGAUGCUGCAAGCCAUGAUCUUGGCCUCUGCCAGUGAAGCUGCUGAUGGGAGCUCCACUCUGGGAGGGGGCGCUGGCACCAUGGGUUUGAGCGCUCGAUAUGGACCCCAGUUCACCCUACAGCACGUGCCUGACUACCGCCAGAAUGUGUACAUCCCCGGCAGCAAUGCCACACUGACCAAUGCAGCUGGCAAACGAGAUGGCAAGGCUCCAGCAGGCGGUAACGGCAACAAGAAGAAGUCGGGAAAGAAAGAGAAGAAGUAAUAUGGAGGCCAGGCCUUGAGCCACAGGGCAGCCUCCCUCCCCAGCCAGUCCAGCUUGUCCUUACUUGUACCCAGGCCUCAGAAUUUUAGGGCUCACCCCAGGAUACUGGUAGGAGCCAAGGCCAUGCUCCCCGUUGGGAAACAGAAAUAAGUGCCCAAGUCAACACUCCCUCUCUGUGCCCUAGGGGGUUGAAUAUGCAAAGAGAGUUCUGCUGGGAACCCCUAUCCAAUCACUGAUCAUACCCCCAAGGGUAGUAGGGUUAGCGUGGACACACAAAAAAAAAACCA